AUGCCAUCCAGAAGGAAAACAGUCAUGUUUGGAUCGGCUUUUCUUACCUGCCUUUGCUCUUUCGUGGUGAUUUGUGUUGUUCUGGCGACCCAGCGCUGGAUGAGCAGCGAGGUUCACUUUUCUGGCACAAGCACCAACGUUACCAUCAGCCUCACCUACGGACUUUUCAGGGGAACCUGUAAACAGUUUCUUGGUGCGGGACUUCAGGUUCCAGAAAAGACCUUCCAAGUUACAGACAACCUGAGCAACACCAAGGCAAAACGCACCAUCAUUGCGAUUAUCGCGUUUCUGGUUCUUGGUUUACUGAGUUCCCUCCUGAGCUCUGGAUUUACCUGCACUAAUGCUGUCAGUAAUCCCUAUGAGACGUUUUUGGGACCCACUGGAGUCUAUACCUGGAAUUCCUUAUGCGGAAUCUUCAUACUUAUAGCCAUGAUACUUUUUCCUGUGAACAUAGAAGUAAACAGCCUGUCUACAGAAUUGGCCCGUGGAUGUUCUUCUUCUCCUCUGCAGACACAUAUCAGUUCUGAACACGUUUAUGGAUAUUCAUAUUGGAUCAUGCUGCUCAUCGUUUUUCUGAACAUUGCUUCUAUCAUCAUCAUCUAUUUCUAUGACCACGCGAGAUAUUCUAAGAAGAAAGAACAGGAAAGGCCCAUUGAAAAUGCACCAAAAGAUGUCAUUCUGUUUUAA